AUGUCAACGGACGUUCCCGGCACCAGUCGGACUUAUUGGACACCUUCCUACCAACUUCAUCACCCGACCGACACCACCGGAUGCCCCCCCCCGUCCACCUCUACCUCGCCCCUCACGCCGACAGUCAACACGGACCGCAUUCCUGAACUCCCACUGCCAUCCUCCGUCGCCUCAACAUCCGCUGUGACGCCUCCUGUCCCCAUCGCCACUGCACUCCAUCCUAACACACCAACAAACAUCAACCUCACCACCACCGACACCAGCGAUGUGUAA